AUGGAAGCAGCCGUCACCUUGGAUGAACCUGCUGCAAAGGAUUUCUUUAAAAUCUUAAAAAGCAAAGACGUUGCUUUAAUAACUAAGAUGUACCUGAUUCAAGCCGCGAUCUCAUCUCAUAUAAAUGAGAAAGCUAAACAAUUAAAAAGGAAGAUGGAAAAGAAAGUGACGUCUCUGAGUUAUGGUCUUAUUGGACACACCAUGGACUGCCAGAAGAUAAACAAAUUUGUCUUAGAAAAGAGCUCCAAACGGGAAUGGAAGCCUCUGGAGGACCGGAGCUGCACGGACAUACCAUGGCUGCUGCUCUUCGUCCUCUUCUGCAUUGGGAUGGGAUUUAUUUGUGGCUUUUCAGUAGCCACAGGUGCAGCAGCAAGACUGGUGUCAGGAUACGACAGCUAUGGAAAUAUCUGUGGGCAGAAAAAUGCAAAGUUGGAAGCAAUACCAAACAGUGGCAUGGACCACACCCACCGGAAGUAUGUGUUCUUUUUGGAUCCAUGCAAUCUGGACUUGAUAAACCGGAAGAUCAAGUCUGUAGCACUGUGUGUAGCGGCGUGUCCAAGACAAGAACUGAAAACACUGAAUGAUGUUUACAAGUUUGCAGAGACCAAUGGCUCAGCACUAUGUAGCUACAACCUAAAGCCUUCAGAAUAUACUACAUCUUCAAAAGCUUCGACUCUUUGCCCCAAACUACCAGUUCCAGCGAGUGCACCUAUUCCAUUCUUCCAUCGCUGUGCUCCUGUGAACAUUUCCUGCUAUGCCAAGUUUGCAGAGGCCCUGAUCACCUUUGUCAGUGACAAUAGUGUCUUACACAGGCUGAUUAGUGGAGUAAUGACCAGCAAAGAAAUUAUAUUGGGACUUUGCUUAUUAUCACUAGUGCUGUCCAUGAUCUUGAUGGUGAUAAUCAGGUACAUAUCAAGAGUCCUUGUGUGGAUCCUAACAAUUCUGGUCAUACUGGGUUCACUUGGUGGCACAGGUGUCCUGUGGUGGUUAUAUGCGAAGCAAAGGAAAUCUGCCAAAGAAACAGUAAUUCCCGAGCAGCUCCAGAUAGCUGAAGACAAUCUUCGGGCCCUGCUCAUCUAUGCCAUUUCAGCCACAGUGUUCACCGUGAUCUUGUUCCUGAUCAUGUUGGUUAUGCGCAAACGAGUGGCCCUCACCAUCGCCUUGUUCCAUGUGGCCGGCAAAGUCUUCAUCCACUUGCCACUGCUAGUCUUCCAGCCCUUUUGGACUUUCUUUGCUCUCGUCCUGUUUUGGGUCUACUGGAUCAUGACACUUCUGUUUCUCGGCACUACUGGCAGUGCUGUUCAGAACGACAAAGGCUUUGUGGAGUUCAAGGUUUCCGGCCCCCUGCAGUACAUGUGGUGGUACCAUGCAGUGGGUCUCAUUUGGAUCAGUGAGUUCAUUCUGGCUUGUCAGCAGAUGACGGUCGCAGGAGCUGUAGUAACGUACUACUUUACAAGGGAUAAAAGGAAUCUGCCGUUUACCCCUAUUUUGGCAUCAGUGAAUCGCCUUAUCCGUUAUCACCUUGGUACUGUGGCAAAGGGAUCGUUCAUUAUCACCUUGGUCAAAAUUCCACGGAUGAUCCUGAUGUACAUUCACAGUCAGCUCAAAGGAAAGGAAAAUGCUUGUGCUCGAUGUAUGCUGAAAUCUUGCAUUUGUUGCCUUUGGUGUCUUGAAAAGUGCCUAAAUUAUUUAAAUCAGAAUGCAUACACAGCCACCGCGAUCAACAGCACCAACUUCUGCACCUCUGCAAAGGAUGCCUUUGUGAUUCUGGUGGAGAACGCUCUAAGAGUAGCUGCCAUCAAUACAGUGGGGGAUUUUAUGCUAUUCCUGGGCAAGGUGCUGAUUGUCUGCAGCACAGGUUUGGCUGGGAUCAUGCUGCUCAACUACCAGCAGGACUACACAGUCUGGGUGCUGCCUCUCAUCAUCGUCUGCCUCUUUGCGUUCCUGGUCGCGCACUGCUUCCUGUCCAUUUACGAAAUGGUAGUGGAUGUAUUGUUCUUGUGUUUUGCCAUUGAUACAAAAUACAAUGAUGGGAGCCCUGGCAGAGAAUUCUAUAUGGAUAAAGUGCUGAUGGAGUUUGUGGAAAACAGUAGGAAGGCACUCAAAGAAGCUGGUAAGGGAGGCGCUGCUGAUGCCAGAGAGCUAAAGCCGAUGGCUGCGGGAGCAAGUUCUGCUUGAACCUAGCCGACCGUUAUGGAGCCCAUUGACAUUCCAAAACAAUAUAUACACAUAACUAUGUAUUUGUGUGUGGGUGGGUGUGUCUAUGCAUAGGUAUAUAUACACACACACCUAAGCAGCCAAAAUCAGAGAAAAGGAACAGGGAUUUAAUACCUUUUUUAUGCUUAUUUUUGUCAAACAUGUACUCCUCCUUUCAUACGGGUGGCUUUUACAAGGCAACUUCCGUCAUUUAAUGUUUUCAAUUGUAAUUGUCUUAAUGGAAAUGUUAAGAUUCAUAUCUGAUUAACAUUUUUAAUAACUUAGAGGAGAUUUUAACUUUAGUUAUUUAAAUUAGAUAAAAAUUAGUGUACCAAAUUCUUUGUUUAAAAGUUUUCAGGGGCGCGUCCCUGAUGUGUGUACAAAAUCAAGAUCUUAUUUUACUGAUGCAUAUGGCCUAGUGGGACAAGACUAGGCUCGUGCGCUCAGAUAAAUAAGCACUCACUUCAGUCACUGUCCCCCAAGCCAAGAAGCCAUGCCAUUUUCCUUUUAGAAACAUGCAAGUGGGCCCAAUAGGGGAAUUUCCAUAGUAGGUCAUAACAUUCGUCAGCGAACGUUAAAGACUAACCAACUCCUCAGGAAUUCGUAGUUUACCCUAAUGCUUCUAUAAAAGAGAGUAGGUAAAAAAGAAAAGGGUAGAUAACCUUUCUUAUGCAAACUGUUUUCUUAUAGUUUGUCUUUCCUUUUUCACUGUGGUAGCAUCCUCCACACAGUUGUGUGCCUGGUUUGAAAGGAAGCUGGGCACCCAGCAAGUGCAGCCUUUCCGUGUCUGUGUAGUGAUGUGCAGAGUAAGUCAUGCGAGGAGGGAAACGGAGGGAGAGGAAGGUGCUGGGGCUUCUGCUGUAGGGACAACAGUGACUUCGGGCUGAAAGGCCAUUUCAUGUAUCUGCUUGCUGUCAACUCAGAAAACACACUGGCAGGUGCGCCUCUCCUGGGAACGUCACUCAGUAUCUAGACUUCUACAAUGUGUAACUGAAGAACUGGUUCAUGUUUAAUCCUCAAGUGUAGAUUGUGCUUUUUGUUUGGGGGUGGGUCUUGGUUUUGUUUCUGUUUUUGUGUUUUUAUUCCUGAAGCUUACCAGAUAUGAAUGGCUAAUAUUUCACUGUUCCGCUUAUUGUAAUGGUGAAUGCUUUAAGAAAAAAAAAAGUGUAAUUUGCUAAGAAUAAUUCAUGAUCUGUUUAUGCGAUAACUCCUUUUUGUUACAAUUUUUUUAAGAAAAGCUAUUUUUGUUAAUGUAAAGUAAAUAUUUCAGAGCAAAUUUUUUAAACUUAUUGCACUAAAUAUAGGCUCUGUACAAAAAAGAAAAAGAAAAAAAAAAGCCUCCGCAUUUUAUCAUUCCAUGGAAGGAGACUCUUUUGAAAGAAAGCAUUGCCUCCUACCAGAAUAAGACAGUGAUUUAGAACGGUAUUAUAGGAAAGCGUACAAUUAAUGUCACCAGGGCUUAAUAAGCAGCUGUUCGCUAAUGUGCUUCCUUUCAAAGGGUUAGACCUUUAAAUUGCUGCAAAAGGUAAACUGUAUUUUUUUUUUUAAGUGUCUGUGUUCUUUCGGCGGCAAAUUGCUAAAUGCCUUGGUUUAAUUUUCAAAGCUCAUGUGAUAUUUCUGAUUUUUCAGAAUCUUUGCAAUAACAGCCUCGGUUUAAAAAUAACAACUCACACUUUAGAGCUCAUGUCUUGGCAUGAACGGGGGAAACACCAUGGUGUGAGUAGAUGCUCUGAAACAAUAAUUCUCCAGAAGUUACUAUCUAGUGACACCAAACCACAUCACUAUACUUUUUUUAUAUCCUUUGAAGUGGAAUCAAUACAAUUAUGUAACUACCAGUUGUCCAAAUCAGUGAGAGAGCAAGUGAUGGAAAAAAAUUAGAAUACCAUCUGUUUCAUAGUCACCGAUUUUGAACAUUCCAAAACAUGGGGAACUAAAUUUAGAGUUGGCAAAAGUCUGGAAGAGGUGUUUCAGAAAAAACCAAACGAACCCAGAAGACAUUCCAGGACCUAGCUCUUUGACGAGGUCUCCCUGCAAAGUGACCUGAUCGAAGUCGGUGGGAAAUUGGGUUCCGCUCACGGGGACAUCCCAGCAUCAUGGACUCUUGCUGUUCCCUGUUCCACAUGCGUGCAAGCUCAGCUAUUUGGAAGCCACCAGGAAUGCUUUCUAAUCAUCAUUUGCAACCAGGACUGUAAUCAGAAAGAAAUUUUGUAUUUUUGUAUAACUUGAUUGUGUGCCAUUUUCUAUAACAGGUCCUGUUUGACAAAUAAAUUUUGAUUUACUAA